AAAAUCAGUUAGAUCAGCUGAUUCCACAAUCACCUCCUCCCUACUCCCAUUCCCAUUACGUCACAACAGAGUGCCGUGCGAAUGCAAGAUUGCGAGUGUCAAAUGCAGAAUCAAAAAAAUCAGCAGCCUUCGAAAUCAAUCUAAUCGGUGCUCAAAAAGUUAAAAUUUUUAUCAAAAUCUCAAGAGUUCCAUGUAAACAUGUUAUCAAUUUGUAAACAGACUCUCUCCCAGUCUUUUCAAAGAACUGCUGUUCGAUGCUUAGGCUCAGUGGUACCUGAAGUCAAAGUCGAAGACUUUGGUGUGCAAAAUGAACCUGUCCUGGAGUACCUCAAAGGAUCUCCUGAAAGAGCUGAAUUGGAAAAAGCCCUGCAAGAAACCGCAAGCAAGACCGAGGAUGUACCGAUUGUGAUUGGAGACAAGGAGUUUAAGAACAAUGAUGUUAGAUAUCAGGUUAUGCCCCACAAUCAUAAAAAGAAAAUUGCCAAAUUCUACUAUGCCGACGCCAAAUUAAUUAAUAAAGCAAUUGAAGUAGCUUGCGAAGCUCAAAAGAAAUGGGACAAAACUCCUAUUGCAGAGAGGUUUAGAAUCUGGGAUAAGGCUGCAGAUUUAAUGGCUGGAAAAUACAGAUCCAAAUUGAAUGCUGCUACAAUGCUGGGACAGGCGAAGACAGUGGUACAAGCUGAAAUCGACUCUGCUGCUGAACUUAUUGAUUUCUUUCGAUUAAAUGCCUAUUUUGUCAAAGAAGCCACCAAAUAUCAACCCAUUUCGGAAAACCCAAAAGUUACCAAAAACUCAAUGAGAUAUAGAGGCAUUGAUGGUUUUAUUGCUGCCGUUUCUCCAUUCAACUUCACUGCCAUUGGUGGAAAUUUGGCCUAUACUCCAGCAUUAAUGGGUAAUGCUGUCCUAUGGAAACCCAGUGACACCGCUUUACUGUCCAAUUGGGUAAACUUCAAAAUAUGCUUGGAAGCUGGAGUACCGCCAGGUGUAGUUAAUUUCGUACCUUCCGAUGGACCUGUAUUUGGUGACACUAUUACUGCGUCACCGCAUUUAGCUGGAAUUAAUUUCACUGGAAGUGUACCUACGUUUACACGUCUCUGGAAGCAAGUAGGUCAAAAUAUUGGCAUCUACAAAAACUUCCCGAGAUUAAUUGGCGAAUGUGGUGGUAAAAAUUAUCACUUUGUCCACCCUAGUGCUGAUGUAGAUACAGUUGUCAAUGGUACUAUCAGAAGCUCUUUCGAGUUUUGCGGGCAAAAAUGUAGCGCUUGCAGUAGGAUGUAUGUUCCCGAGUCUUUGUGGCCUAAGAUCAAAGGCAAGUUACUGGCAAAACGCAAUGAAUUGAAAAUUGGAGACCCAACUGACUACAACAGUUUCACAUCAGCUGUGAUAGACGAUAAAGCAUUUAAACGAAUUACCGGCUAUAUUGAACAUGCCAAGAAGUCUCCCAAUUUGGAAAUUAUUGGUGGAGGCAAAUACGACGACAGCACUGGAUACUUUAUUGAGCCUACCAUUGUCCAGUCCAAAGACCCCAAAGAUAAGAUCAUGACCGAGGAAAUCUUUGGCCCUGUUUUGUCUAUCUACGUUUACCCAGAUGGUCAAUUAGCUGAAACAGUAGAUUUGAUAGGUACUUCAACUUCGUUCGCAUUGACUGGAGCUGUUUUUGCCAAAGACGAAGCAUUCCUUAAGUCUGCUCUAGAACAACUGAAAAUGACAGCCGGUAAUUUCUACGUUAACGACAAGUCAACAGGCAGCGUUGUAGGUCAACAACCAUUUGGUGGUGCAAGAUUAUCAGGCACAAACGACAAAGCUGGUGGCCCACAUUACGCUCUCAGAUGGGGUAAUCCGCAAGCUAUCAAGGAAACCUUCGUACCACUAACAGAAGUGGAGUAUCCCUACAUGAAACAAUAAGAAUUCUGGCAUGAAAGAAAAUAUAUCAAAAAAAUCCCUAAUGUUUUUAGUAGGUAAUUUUUCUUGUUUUUAUUAUAAAUAAUAAGUUUUUGUGAUAGAUAAUUUUACUUUACAUUCAUGUUGCAAAAGAAACUAGUAAAACGGAGAAUUCAAUAAUUUACUGCCAAUCUAGAUGUUUCACAGUGUAACAGUAUCAACCAUAAAAAAUGUCACAAAAAUUAAACAUGUGAUAGCCACUUAAGAUUAUUAUGUUUUUUCACAGUAUUUUGACAGCCUACUAAAAAUAUCUAAUGUUAAAUCACUACAUACUUAUUUUCAUUUCAUUCAAAAUAAUUUUCAGAUAAUAAUGAACAAAAAUGUUGACAGAUUGUCCAGCAAUAAAAUAAAACUUAUUAAUGGCAGUAUUUUCCUAGAAAAAAAAGCAUGAACUUAAGUCACUUGUUUAGAUUGAACUAGUUGUUGAAAAAUUGUAAUAUCGAAAUCAUCUAUUAGAAUAAAUAAUGACAAUAUUAAUGUUAAAUUAUAAGUAAAAAGAAAUGUGAAAUUGCAAUUUUAAUGUCCAAUUGGUUAAACAAAAAUCACUAAGUAUAUCUCUGUCCGGUGAAGUUGCUUUAAAAAAAUUUAUUGUAAAAAAUCCUAAUAAUUGAUUCGACUUUAAAAUGAAUUUUAAGCUUACUGAUUUGUAUGUAUAUUUAUUUUGCUCUUUGUAAGUAUAUCUUGUCAAUUUAAUAAUUUAAGUAUUAUUGUAAAAUCUGAAGUAGCAAUAAAAUUGCUUUGUUGUUAA